GAGUCAAUUUUUGAGGUGUGAGGUGUCACACCACAGCCAGCAAAGAAAACUCGGAAGCUGUAAGCCGUGAGUGGUAGCAAUUGGAGAGCAAGGGAGGAGCUGUUGGAGGUUGAUAGACAAAGCGUUGCAGUUGGUUACCGAGGUCCUUCCGUAGCAGUAGCAGCAGCAUGUCGAAAGAAGAAGAAGAAUUUGGAGUUGCCUGGUCCAAUGUCGAUGAUAAUGAUUUAUUUGCGAACGACGACGACGAUGAUGCCAAAGGAGAUGUGAUGGAUGAAGCCGAAGAAGCCACACACCCUUCCUCCCAGUUCACAGCUGGGCAGAGCAGUGACGAUGAGGCUAGCAGCGUAGAAGAAGAAGCGCCAGAUACGAAAGCAGAUGGCGCUUUUCCUGAUGAUGAUUGGGACGAUGCAAAUCAAUCUAGGCCUUCCUGGGUUACUGACGAGGGUGACAAGGGGGCUACUAGUAGUGAGAAUGGUACGGGGGAAGAAGGGCAAUCUCAAGAUGGUGGGAAUCAGCCACCGCCUUUUUCUCCUGAGCCAGUCAAUGUUGGUAGUUGUGACGUGCAACGUUUGAGUUCGGGGAGCUCUCGGUUGGCUGGCUAUUCGGGUGAUCUCAAGUUGAGGUUCAGUGAAAACACAACGGACAGCAACAAUGCGAAAGAGGAAGAUGAUGGCUUCCAGGAAUCUCCUUGGCCUGGUGACGAUGUCAAAGACGAAGACGAUGAAGAUGAAGAUGCCAACAGAGAAGCAGAGGGGGGCGAUGCGUUUUCUUCAGAAGUUAGACACACGGCAAAGAAAGAACCGGCAGUCCCAAGUCAGUCUCUUACCAAAGAACUCUCCACAAAUUGGAUGAAAUUUGACGACGAUAAAUGGGACUCUUCCAAGCAUGAUUCCAGGCAUGAAAAGGAAGAGGGCGACACGGGCCCACAGCAAUCACCCAAUAUCCAGGCACCAAAGGGGGUGCUCAAGUCUUCAAUGUCAUCAGGAAAGAAAAAGAAGAAAAACGGGAAACAAUCUUUUUCGCUGGAGGCUGGACUGGCCAAGGUAAAUGAAGCCACCAAAGACACGGCGCCCACGGGACCCCAAGAAGAGCAAAAGGGAGGGGAGCAAGCAAACGAACUUAUUUCCUUUUGGGGUGAAGGAUCAGCAGAGGAGGAAGACGCAGACGAUCCAUUGGCCAUGGCACUCAAGGCAAAGCCACCAGAACAACAUGAACGACAAAGCAGAUACAAUGAUGCAGCUAUUUUCACAUCGCCCAAAACGCAACUGUCGCCAGAGGGUGGCACCAAUCAAACCGAAGGGCCAGGAUGGCUUCAAAAGGGCAUGGCAGCGCUCGACAGGGUUACUUCCAAUUUACCAUUUAACAAACCCAAAGAAGAGGAAGAUAGGAAGGUUGAAGAGGAUAAUGUUGUUGAGGUGGAUGACAUGCCCUUUCCCAAUUACACAAAUACGCAUCCUGCGGCGGCUGCGAAGCCGCAGCCUCAUCCGAUGCACGAUCUGAGCGCCAUGUCGGAUGAUUCAGCCUUGGUUCCAAAUUAUGGUCGGCGUGAACGCGCAGCAGAGAUCGCAAGCACCUUCGAUAGUGCAGAUCCUCAAAUCAAAAACGCACUCAAGGCACUUCCAGAUGGCAUGAACGCCCAAGCGGAAAACAACGAAAACAGCCGAAUCAAGUUUUCCAAAGAAACGAAAAAGGAAUCCAAAGUUUUCCAUGCCACCCCAAUCUUUGAUCUUUGUAUGGAUCUUCCCCACCCGGCAGCGGACGCAUCCUGCGCUCCGGCGUCCCUUAUUGGUGCUCCUUCGAGUAAUGAUAAGGACGUGAAGAUCCAGAGCGAAAUCCAGGACUGCAUGAAGGAAAUUACUUGCAUGGCUUUUCCAGAUUACGACACUGCGAUAUUGGCACAAGAUGAUGAUAGUGAACCCAGGAGUACGCCUCGGUAUGCCCUGACAAUAUUGGAAGUUCCCGGCUUUCAGUACCACACGUUUUCUCUGCAUCUCAAGUCUGGCGCCUUGGUUUUAGCUCACGUACGGAGAUAUUUGCCACCGCACAAAGAAGCGACCUUUCGCCACGACAUAGGCCGUCGUCUGUGUCGAGCAAUGGUUGUUUUAACUAGGUAUCCAGGUGGGGACGAUAUGUAUCUUACCAUUCUGAAAACUUUGGAUGCCGUCGCAUCUCAACACCAUUCCCGGCGCAGCCUGCAUGUAACUCGACCUCAAAAGUGGUUUUUGCACAAUUUGUAUCAGAAGCAUCAGCGCCUCUGCGCGCAUUAUGCGGCAAACAACGAAGAACGACGAGGUGGCCCUCAUAUUAUCACUCUUCAGGGACUGGAAUUCGCCGAUUGCAUGGAGUUUUAUUCAGCAGUUGAUACUACUCAUUUCUUCUUGCCCAACAACCUUCUUCAUGAUCCUGUGGUUCCGGGUUUCCAUGCGUCUUACCACGACAGCGUGCUACCUCUGAUUCGGUGUUUGGGUGUGGUGAACUCAUUGAGACUGCUCUCUGCUCUAUUGAGCGAACGUCGCGUUAUAAUGGUAUCUGUGAGCCCCACACGGCUCGAUAGAAACGUCCGAGCAGCGAUUGCUAUGCUGGCACAGGGAAUGUUGAACUGGCCACACCAAUGCAUUCCGGUGCUUCCCCCAGAUCUCUGGUCCAAACUCAAGUCGCCCUCGCCAUACAUUAUGGGUGUACAGGCAUCUCUGGCAUACAGACUGGAACUCACAGAUCAGCUGGGAGAUGUAGCUGUCUUCAAUUUGGACGAAAACACAAUCACAGCAAUGGGCGAACAGAAGCUUGCAAAACUUAUCCCAGACCUCUGUAGGAGUUUGUCGGAAACAAUGCUGCAGAAGAGGAGGAUUGCUUUGCCCGAGAACGUUGCGACCGAAAAAGACAUGACUGCGAUGGCUAUUUUGAACAGCACGUCAGAUUUCCUAGCGCAAGAUCUCGUGGAGAUCAUGAAGUCUGACAAACAGACCAUGAACGGUACCGCUGUUGCAGCAAAGCACGUAGCAAAGACCGCGAAAAAAGCCGUGAAAUCGACACUGAAGUACCUUUUAGGAAGUGGGGAAAAGGAGGAAGGGGAAGAAGCGCCGGAUGUGAAAAAAUCAAAGAAAGAGAAACGCACGGAACCUGACGCUGUCUUUAUCGAGGGCUGCCGCAACGAAGCCGCCGAAGAAGCUGUACGCUUGGCAUUUGUCAGUUUUUUUGUCCGUAUUCUUGGAAAUGUCGAAGGCUAUGCAAUCCAAACGGAAGACUCGGAAUACGAGUUCGACAGAGACUUCUUUUUGCAGCAAAGAAAGGAGAGAGGGGAUGGCCAGGGAUCCCCGAUGUGGACACUGCUAUUACACUUUUGUGAGACCCGAAUAGUCCGAGAUUUUGUGCGACUCCGAGAGGAGCACAUUCGCAAACGACAACCAAUUCCCAUGGACGCUCCUCUCUUUUGGCAAUGUAUUGAUUUUCUGGAAGUGAAGAAUAUUGACUUUGGCAUUCUCAACGUUAGAAGUGUUGCAAGAAUGAUGCUGCAGAAGUCGUCUGUUCACCAGAUGCUUCCAUCAAAUGUCCGGAGACUUGCCAUGGCUUUGACAUCGAAGAGAAAGUUCGAAGGACAUUUGGACGAUGCCGUGGCAGACCUCGCAGAGCUUUCACGAGAGUCGUGCUCGGCUCUUUAUGACGUGAUGUCUGUCGUUUGGCUCCGCGCUCGGAAUUCCAAGGGUUUGCAAUGGGUUCAUGGGUAUCAGGCGAUGCGAGUGCUGAAAGCAGUGCUUCUCCAUGGUCCACUCGCAGCCGUGGCAGACGCGACGGAUGGUUUGCACACGAUCCGCACACUUGCGUACCGAAAAUCCCAGGGCUGCGAACAAAUCCAAGCCGAGGCAAUGGAAAUCUACAACUUGCUCGCCGAUAGAUCGAGGCUGUUCUUGCGAAGAGGUGUUGCCGCGGAACAACGACGACAUUUUCGCGACCCAGACGAGCUACCGCUGGUCCGCGAUACACGGCUCAAUCUCAAAUCACCUUUCAAGGAAAUGCAUGCUAUAAUGAAUCCAAGCCUUCGUCCCCCAGAGCCGCAGCGAAGGCGAGCAUCUCUCUCCUCUCGUCGCGCUUCUCUAUCAAAUCGACUUCCGCAUCGUUUGAGUAUCACGAAGCACAUGAUGGCGCUCGAGCCCAUGGAUGGUUCCAUGUCGAGCUUUCCACAGAAUGUGCUACCGAUGGAUCGACAUGCGAAUCGACACAACGAGUUCCUACAAGACCCGAUGCAGAGAAACCCCGAGAGCGUUGCUGGUUCAGUCUCUGGAGAAUUCGCCUCUGCACGUCGCUACGUACGUGAAAUCGCCCGAAAGACUCAGGAAGAAGAAAAGGAGCGCACUCGGGAAGAUGUCCGCCGCCGCGAUUCCAAUGCCAUGGGAGUGGAGCUCUUGAAGAAGCAGUUCAUGCUGUUGAAGGUGGCCAUUUACCUCGGUCCAGUGUUUUACAUCUUUGGAAAUCACGAGCACUUCUUGACUGUGGUAAUGUUUGUUUGGUUAUCGCAGCAGCUCCAGGUCUUCCGCGCCCCCAUUGACAGUGGAACGUAUUAGCCAAGAGCCAAGUUGGACGAGAGAAGGACGCUUCUGUGACAGAAGACCACUACUUGUGCUGAUGUACUGUAUUGAUAAUUGCAUGGGUGCCCUGACAACGAGAACUGGUAGUCGUGACUGAAUCGUCCUUUAAAUCUGAAUCGUCCCUUUAAAAAUCGUCUCAUAUAUCUGAAAUCGUCCCUUAAAUCAUCCUUUAAGCCCAAAGUCAUCCCUUCUUUGGGACGAUUUAGGGGACGACUCCAAUCGUCCCA